GGAGAUUUCAGCAAAGGCACGCUCACGCCCCCGCCACUGUCGAUUCCAUAUGCUUUCUAUCUAUCACCAGUCUGCCUGGCCAGUAGCAUCCCGUCCCUUCAGGGUGAUGCAGGUGUACUUGGAUUUCGGGAAUUCCCAGCUCCAUGUUGUUCCGUUCGGACAAAAAGCCUGAGGGUCCGGAUUGUUCAGAGAACUGAAGCAACUCGGGAUGGGCUGGACAUUUCAGCUUGCGUUGUGGGUCGCCUUGCUCCCCAGUAUCUCAACUCUCAACAUUGGCAACACGUCACAGAAUGGAAUGCGUCCCAGAACUUUUGCAGCUGUUCGGAGUCAUGAAUCUUUGGAAGUUUUUGAUCUUGAUAGAAAAAUUGAAGGCGAAGGUUCAGGCCUGUAUGAAGGAAGUGGAUUCAUUGAUGGAUCUGGAUUUGGAUCACGUGAAGAUAAACUCAUCAUCCCUGACAAAAUCCAUGAAGAACACUACAUGGAACAUGUAGCCAUCUCAAAUACAGCAGAACAAUACUUAACCAGUCAAUGGAUGACUGCAUUUAUUCCUUCAGUUUACACCCUUGUUUUUGCAUUGGGAUUGCUUCUCAACUGUGUGGCAAUCUUAAUGAUUCACUUUAGAAUGAAAUUUAAAAAGCCGGCUAUAAUUUACAUGAUGAAUUUGGCAUCAGCAGAUUUGUUAUUUCUGCUGAUGCUGCCCCUAAAGAUCGCUUACCAUUUUUCUGGCAAUGACUGGGGAUUUGGCUCUUUCCUCUGCCGAUUGGUUACAGGUGGUUUUUACGCUUAUAUGUACUGUUCAGUGCUGCUGAUGAUGUGCAUAAGUAUUGACCGAUUUCUGGCUGUGGUCUAUCCAAUACGAUCUGCUACAUGGAGGACCCGGGGGCGUACAGUUGUAAUUUGCCUUGUCGUGUGGCUUGUGGCUAUUGGUGGCACUAUACCACUUUUCCUCACUGAGCAAACAGUGUAUGUCACCGAGCUGGGCAUUACAACCUGCCAUGAUGUUCUACCCCUCGCUACACUACAAAGCUACUCCAUCUACUAUUUUCCCAUUUUGUGUUUUCUGCUCUUCGUAAUUCCCCUGCUUGUGACUUCAUUCUGCUAUGGAUGUAUUAUCUCAACCCUUCAAUCAGCAAAUGUGGCAAACAAAUGCAAGAAAACACGUGCGAUCUGUUUGGCUGUGAUUGUGCUUUCUGUCUUUAUUGUCUGCUUUGCACCAUCGAACAUUAUUUUACUCAUACACUAUCUUAAUUUUUAUUAUGCACCAAGUGACCAUCUCUAUUUUGCUUACGUGCUGUGUGUGUGCAUCAGUAGUGUUAGCUGCUGCCUUGAUCCUUUGGUUUAUUAUUAUGGCUCAUCCCUGUUCCAAAUGCAUUUUCAGAAUCUUUUGUGCUCUAGAUAUGUUACUGAAUCUGACAAUAGUGAAACAGAGUCUAAGAGCUGUAAAACAGGGACCUCCAGUUUCAAUGACAGUUCCUACAAAAAAUUACUAGUCUAAACUGAUCACAUUUUUUUGUCCUUUUUAAUUUUAGACAUGUAUGUUAGACUGCAAUUUGGCCUUAUUAUGUGACAGUAUCUUCCAACUUUGUGACUUCAUUGGAUCCCGUUGCUCUAUGUCAUUUUUUCUGUUGUACAUUUAUGUGAGAACGAGUAUGAUUGGAGAACAGAUUUAAUUAAGAGCUUUCUUUUCCAGUUACAUUUCAUAUUACAUAUUUUGUCUGUCAAGUAGUUUCAGAGCCUAUUUGUUGCCAAAUUUCCAUUACUGUUCAGUGUAAUUGAUCAUAAUCACCUUAAUCCUCAAGCAACUCUGCAUUGCAUAGACUUUGGUAAAAAAGUAAAUAAGAUUAAAAUAAACAGUUGCCAUUCUUAACUUGUUGUAUUGUUUUAUUCAGCAUAAUGUUGCUGGAUAAUCUUUUAAGUUUAUUCUUGUUUCCCACCUGGGUAAUUCGUUUUGCAAAAAACUUCUCUGAUCAAAACAAAAUUGCUGCCUGGAUUUGGCUGUGGUAACAAUGGUGAAUAUGUUAGUGUUCACCAUCAUCACUCCACUUUAACUGACAACAACCUUGCAAGUUUUGACAUCUGAAGAACAGGCCAGAAACUAGAUGUUCUGUCCAUGAGGUUGUACUCUGUAGGAUGAGCCACAGGCUCCAAAAAACAUGAAUUAACAAGAAUGUCUGCUCUAACCAUGCCAAGCUUGCCAAAAACAAAGUCCAGGAAAGUUUUAUCAUGUUGAAUGAAGUGCAACUGAGUUUUUAGCAGUGUAAUCAUUUGUAAUUACUGUUAAACACUCUCACUGGCCCUGAAAAACUAAUUCUAUAUUUGUGGAAUGUCAGAUUUUGUUUAAAAACUCAACAUUUUUUGUAAGCAUCAAGAAAAUGAAAGUUUGAUUAUCCUUAUUUUUAUUUCUAUCUCAACAUCGUCACUUGAUCAUUUCACAGAAUAGAAGAAAUUAAAAGUUAAUUUUAAGUGCUUUUAACUUCUGAUUUGCUGUUUGUGAAUACUACAAAAUUAUUGAUUGCCUACAUGCUUAAUGUCUUCAUGACAAUUGGAUGCCAGGAGAUCCCCUUGACUUUGUAUGAGAUUUAAACUGUUGUGGGAUACAAGAAAAUUCCCACCUCUGAGACCAUUAGAUCUUAAUGGGCAGUUUUCUUCAAAAUCAACAGUGAGCACCCUUACUUCAUUGCUGCUCAACUUUCAGGGUAGUAUUUGUUCAUCCUGCAUCUCAAGUAACUACUGAAACAGUAUAGUGUUAUGCUUAAAAGAGCACUGUUCAAUGACUGAGUCAAAUUUAAUCUCUCUAUCAGACAGAAAUAAAAUUGGAAUUCUAACAUCUUCAUCGAAUUCUUACCUUACUAAAAACAUUCAUUUAGCUGCCAUUGCAUCAGCCAACAUUUUGAAAUUAAAUAUAGUGAACUUAAUGUUUGGGUAGUUGAAUUGAAACAAGCUCCAGAUUAAACUUUGCAACAAGGUGAAAUAGUGGCUUAUUAUUCAGUUAUUGUAAUUCUCUGAUGUUCUAAAUAUAAAUGUCAAUUGUAUAGAUGUGAAUUGUGGGACUGUGCUUUAAGUCUCUUACUUGUUUCAAACAUUUAUGACCAAAUGGUAACUACACUAUGGAAAGUAAUUGAUUAGCUGUAAAGCACUGAGGUUAUGAAAGACACUAUGUAAAUGCAUUUUUUUUCCUGUUGCAAGAUAUUUGGUUCUUUUUGCUAUUGCCCGAGUUGGCCCUUUCAGUAUGUAAAAUUAUAAAGUGUAAUUUUAAACACUUUAUGACGAUAAUAUUUACAUAAUCAUGCUCAAUGAGAUGAGUUUCAUAAAUAUUCAUUAAUUUUACAUUUGUUAUUUACGGAAGCUCUCCAACCAAACAGUGAGUAGUUCAGUAAUGAUUAGAAAUGAUACGAUACCAUUACCUCUACAGUCCAAAUCAAGCACCCAUUCUGUGAAUUUAUUACAAAAAUGGGUUCAAACUAAUUUGUGCAUUAGUAUGAAAUAACCUUCUAGUUGAAAAGACUAUAUGUUAAUGAGUGCUACUAGUAAUGUGAGAGAAAGGAUCUUCCUGAAAUGUGUAUGUUUGUAUAUAAUGCUACAACAUUGUUCUCUAUUUUUUAUGUAUUACCACAGAAUGAAAAAUUUCACUUCAUUGAUAUCUUGUGUUGAUUACUUAACGGUUAGUUUAUAAAGUAUAUAACCAGACUAUGUUUAAACAUAUAUUUUGUCUAAAACUGCAUGAAAAUGAAGAAAGCUAAU